AUGGCUGGGAAGGAUCAUUUUGUUCCUAUCGCUCUGACCACUGUGAUUCCCUCAUUUUCCUCCCUCCUCCUGCCCAGAGGGAUGAUUCUGUGUCUCCCGGGGCCUUGGCCCCUGCUCCUGCUGCUGCUGCUGGGAUCAUGGGGGCCGGUGCCUCCUGCUGCUGCUCGGCCUCCAGGCUUCACCGCCGUUCAGUGGUUUAACACCCAGCACCUAAGAGCGAAUCAGGUGCAAUGCAGAACUGAAAUGCCUCGGAUCAAUAAUCUGCUUCCCAGAUGUAAGGGGCAAAACACCUUUCUGGUUGAGUCCUUCCAAAAUGUGGUUGCUACCUGUCAACAGCCCAACAUGAACUGUACCACCAGUGGGCAAAACUGCCACCAGAGCGCAGGGCGGGUGAACAUGACCUACUGCCUUCUCAUUGGGCGCCGGCCCCCGUGCACCUACAGUACUACGUACCAGAACCGGUUCUACAUUGUUGCCUGUAACGACUCGCAGCCAGGCUACCCUCCCAAUCUUCUGCUUCCCGUCCACUUAGACGACACCGUCCCGCUGGGUCCUACACACUUCGGUUAAGACCAAGGUGGCCAUCGCAGUCGCUCCCCCUGGGCCAGGCUCUCUCAUGAUGUCUCUGCUUUCUCUUUCCUUUGUUGAUUCCCAUGGUUCCCAUAGAAGAAAUAAGUAAAGGGCCAAGAUGUGAGACGAGAGUAAGGGACAGCAGACAUUGGAAGCUUUUCAGAUUGGGAGCUCUGUGUGAUUGAAAGGAAGGCAAUAGGGCAGAGGGCCAAGAACGGCCCAGGCCCCAUGGUUUUCCUCUUGCACCUUCGGCCAAGCUUCCUUGCACCUGUUCUCAGCAAUAAAAUCACUUUCUCCUGCA